CAACCAGUGUGUAUUCCGCCAUUACGGAACGAUUCAUUGACUGAAACGAUGUUAAAACAGCAACAAAAGACAACAUUUUGAACCGAGUUUAUCGGGUUUAUCUCUACAUUCCUACGGAAAUUGUCCUUAAGACUCUACCCGCUCCUCGACUUUGUACUUUACACCACCGGCGUAUGUCACCUUGAUUUCAGACAUGGCAGCUGUCGUGUGACUGGCAAUCAGUAUCCCCCCCAAUGUGUUAGAAAGCCAUAGUAAAUAUAUAACAUUAGCUAUUUUUGAAAUGGGUGUAGUGGUAAGGAAUCUCCAAAAGGUGGUGCCUCUUCGCCGCGCCCGGCUCCGCAAGGACGUGAACACGCUCAGGCACAUCCUGGGCAUCCAGAAGUUCGACUUGGGCGUCGUUUGCGUGGACAACCGCAGGAUUCAGCACAUUAACAACAUAUACAGGAAGAAAGACGAACCCACGGAUGUCCUCUCGUUUCCAUUCCACGAGGACUUCUUGAUCACGACAUUUGAGUCUAUUGGAUUGGCAUUCCAGGGCCUGAGACCCGGUAAGAUCCCGUGUCCCCUCUACAGAGACGAGCUGAACCUCGGGGACAUUUUCUUGGGCGUGGAAUUUGUCAUGCGACAGUGUCAGGAGUCGUCCACGGAUCUGCAUCGAGCACUCACCGUGGUGAUGGCCCAUGGUAUCUGCCACCUGCUUGGCUACAGACAUGAGACAGAGGAGGAAUGGCGUGAAAUGCUGCAGAAAGAAAACUACAUUCUUAAAGAGUACAGCCGACUGACAGGGCAACAUUUACUGCCCAUGAUGAAGCCAUGCCAGCAGGACAGGUGACAGACUUGUGACCAGUUAAUUAAACACCU